CACUUCACCUUCAUUUCUUCUUCUCUUUUCUUAACAGCUGGCCCAGGCGGAGAUGACAACAUCAACCAACCACUCUCACCUGGGGCCAUUGCCGGCAUCGUGAUUGGAGUCUUGGCUGGAGUGGGGCUGAUAGCAGGCCUGGGGUAUUUCCUGUUUUUCAGGAAGACUGGCGGGGCAAGCGACCAGCACGAUCUCACAGAGCACAUACCCUCAGCCUCCAACCACAGUCCGGGCCCCUCUGACCACUCUCCUGACAAGGGGGAUGAUGUUGCUUAUUCUUCUCUGAACUUCAACAUCCAGGAACCAACACAACCAACUUCACCCACCUCCCUGUCCCCGACAGCCACAGAAACUGUUUACUCUGAAUUGAAAAAGAAGUAAUGCAACCUGUUCUGCUCGCUGCACUGGUGAUGUGCUCCAAGUCUCAGCACCCUCACUAGGAGAUCUCUUGUGGGGGAGGGGGGAAGAAGUCCCUCCCCACCCCAUUACACACCUCCCUUCUGUGUCAACAAAUGGAAAGAACAUCCGGGAGUGUUCGGGCACACCAAUCUUCCUUCUUGUUGAAAUUUGGCAAAGUAGACUUUGGGAGAGAAUUGAAGGACCUUCCUGUCCCUCCGGGCUUCCUGACCUAGACUUGUUUUAAAUUUACUUAUCCAGAGUGUACCAAUUCCUUCCCAACCCAGUCCUGAGCUAUCAGAUUCUAACAUGAAUUUUCCAUAACCUUGAGAGUUAUGUCCUUUUCCACUUAAUUACUUACGCCUGAAAAAAAGAGAGAGAGAAAGUAAAAGCAGUAGUAGUGGCUUUUCCAUUCUCUCCAAAACCCACCAUCCACAGGAAAAUCUAAUAUAUAACCAGUAGUGACCUGGGAAAUUCUAUAACUUUGUCCACUGUCAGGGUCGCUUACCUACAGGACCAGGGUCUGAGCACCUUGCUGCUUAGCUAGAAUACCACCUAAGCCCUUUGGCAGAAAUGUUUCCAGAGAACCCACCAGAAACAACUGGAAAAAUAUCUGCCAAGGUCCAUAGGUGAUUCCUAAAAAAAAAAAAAAAAAAUGCAAAAAUCACACCUAUGCCUUUAAUAUCUGGAUGGGUGUUAUUCAAGGAAGUGCCCAGAAAAGAAGAGAUUAUAGCUUUUGCAGGGGGGAAAGAAAGCUUUUCAUAGACAACCUGCUGAGAACUUGGAAAAGGAGUAGAGAGCUACUCUUCAUAAAUUAUUUAAAUUAUUGUUAAAGAAUGUGUAAUUGGGGGGUAUUGGGAGGUUUUUUUCCUCCUUUUCUGAUACUUUCUACCAUUUUAAUCUUUGUAACUGCUUACUUAUGUGAAUGGAAUUAUUCUUACUGGGCUUAGCUGUGUAGGCUGAUCAGACCGCCUGAGGUUAAAGAAGCCACCAAAAUGUCAACAGCCCUUGGCCAGAAGCCUCUGUGGCUUUUUUGACAAGAGCUCCAAAUAGAAAACAAGAAGAGGCUUUCCUCAUUCGUGCCAGGAAUGGACAAGUCACCAGCUCCUUCUCCAUGUUUCUGCCCGUGUGUUCUGUCCCUGUCUGCUGGCGUCCCUUAGGGUGUGUUUGGUCCUUAAAAAAUGGGAGCCUCUAAAGGGAACACCACUGCUCAUACCAAUGGCGUGGUUCAUGACCCAGAAAGCUGCACUGGUGCUAGUGCCCUUGGGACAUAAGGGCUGUGAGAGGGGGUUAGGCCAUAGUGGGGGAUAAGCUGGCCCUGGAUUUUCUGCUCUGAAACUUAUCUUUUCUCACAUAGGGUCAAUGAGUCCCCAUGUGUCUUAAGAUAAAAAUGAAAGACAGGAAAAGGAAAGGCAAAUGUGCUUCUCAUGCAGUCUUCUGCUACACAGAUGGACUCUCUUUGGGGAUAUGAAGGGAAAGGUUGUAUUUGAUAUUUGCUGCUUGAUCUCCUGCUCUGCCUAACAGGCCUCCUCCAAGAGAAUUCACUGGGAAUUCUCCUACUCAGGUACCUCUUCAGGGAUUUCCAGCCCUGACAGAGACUGUAUAUAGUUUCCCUCAUCCAUCCUGUGCUGGGUUAUUUAAUUUUGCCAGACUAAGGCCACUUCUGAAUUAUUUGUAAAAUUUGCUCUAUAUUUAUAAUAAAAAAAUCAUGUAUCAGACUUUCA